ACUGAGGAUGAGGUGGAGAGGGUGGUGACCAUUAUGCAGAAUCCUCGCCAGUACAAAAUCCCUGACUGGUUCCUGAACAGACAGAAGGACAUUAAAGACGGGAAAUACAGUCAGGUCCUCGCUAACGGUCUGGACAACAAACUGAGAGAAGAUCUGGAGCGUCUGAAGAAGAUCAGAGCUCACCGCGGCCUGCGGCACUUCUGGGGGCUGCGUGUGCGUGGUCUAUACACCAAGACCACCGGUCGCCGCGGCCGAACUGUGGGAGUGUCCAAGAAGAAGUAAUAAACCUUCAAUAAAAGACAACUGUUGAGUC